CGCACACCCACCGGCCGCUCGUGCUCACGGUGCCGUUGCCAUCACGGCGGCUCCAUCUCCUCCUCCCCGGCUCUAAUCCCCGCAGACCGCGGGAGCCGGAGCGGCAGCGAGCACGAGUCGCUUCGUUCACGCUGACUUGGUGCACCCUGCGUCCACUCUGGAGGAGAUGGGUCGCAAGGAAGAGGAGGACAGCGGAUCCUGGAAAAAACAGACGAGCAACAUCCGGAAAACCUUCAUUUUCAUGGAGGCCCUGGGAUCAGGUGCCUUUUCAGAAGUUUUCCUGGUGAAGCAAAGAAGCACUGGCCAGCUCUUUGCUCUGAAAUGCAUCAAGAAGUCUCCGCUCACAAGGGACAGCAGCUUGGAGAAUGAAAUAGCAGUGUUGAAAAAGAUAAAGCAUGAAAACAUUGUGACUUUAGAAGAUAUUUAUGAGAGCACAACCCACUUCUACCUGGUCAUGCAGCUGGUGUCCGGGGGAGAGCUGUUCGACCGCAUUUUGGAACGGGGAGUUUAUACCGAGAAAGACGCCAGUGUGGUGAUCCACCAGGUCCUGACCGCGGUCAAGUACCUCCACGAAAACGGCAUCGUUCACCGCGACCUGAAGCCUGAAAACCUUCUUUACCUCACUCCUGAGGAGAACUCCAAAAUCAUGAUCACGGACUUCGGCUUGUCUAAAAUGGAGCAGAACGGCAUCAUGUCCACCGCUUGUGGGACUCCUGGCUACGUUGCCCCUGAAGUGCUUGCCCAGAAGCCAUACAGCAAAGCCGUAGACUGCUGGUCCAUUGGAGUCAUCACCUAUAUCCUGCUCUGCGGGUAUCCUCCUUUCUACGAAGAGACCGAAUCCAAACUGUUUGAGAAGAUUAAGGACGGCUACUUCGAGUUUGAGUCUCCGUUUUGGGACGACAUCUCUGCGUCAGCCAAGGAUUUCAUCAGCCAUUUACUGGACAAGAACCCGAGCACGAGGUUUACCUGUGAAGAAGCCCUGCGGCACCCAUGGAUUAAUGGAAACACAGCCCUUCACCGUGACAUAUACCCAUCUGUCAGCGCUCAGAUCCAGAAAAACUUUGCAAAGAGCAAAUGGAGGCAAGCUUUCAACGCCGCAGCCGUCGUGCACCACAUGAAGAAGCUCCACAUGAACGGUCACGCAGCAGCCGAAAGCGCCAUCCCUGUCAUAAAAGUCAUGGAGGCGUCCAGACCCAACACACCCAUGGUGGCCACCCAGCCAGCAACGCCAAACGAGGACAAGGAUGCGUCUGUCCCUCUGGUCCCCACGCAGGGCUGCCCAAACCCUCCCCAGGAGCAGGACAUGGGAACGAGGGAGGAAAAGCCGCAAAGCCGCUCGGAGAACAAAGCGUUGCCCGCGGGCGGCAGCCUGGUCCUGCCCGACAACCACAGCCCACCCACCAGAACGUCUUGCGGCUGCGGCCCAGCCUGCGUGGGGCACGAGAAAACCAAGUCGUCCUUCUGCUCCGAGACGGUGCUGCUUAAAAAGUCCGCGAAAUCCCAUCAUUUCAAAUCAGAAGUCCUUGUUCCAAUGAAAACCAGUAAACACUCUUCUCACUGUGGCACUGGGCAAACUGGAGUUUGUUUGAUUAUGUGAUAAGGAGGCACCAUGGGGCUCCCCACAUCGCCAGCGAAACAGAAGGGCUGUUUUACUCUUUUCUGCACUUCAAAGCCAGGCACGAGCGGAAGCAAGAAAGGAGGUUGUGUCCCGCCGCCUCGGGCGGGCAGCAGCGCCCCAGAGAGCAGCGACCGACUGCGGACGUGCGCCCCAGGAUCCCAUCCACGCUGCGACCUCGGGCUGGUUCUAGGUUGUUAAAGCCGGGAGAAGGCAAGGGAAAGUCUGAGGCUACUGCUAGCACAUUCAGUGUAUAUUACCCAUACGACACCGCUCAGUGCUAUAAGCUUUUGUUUUCUGUAUACUGUUUAGUUGUCUGACGCAUAGUAAGUACACCACACAAUGUAAAUCCCAUUAAACCAAAGCCAUGCAGAGUGCUAUUCAGUGGCAGCUCAGUUAGUUUGACAAUCUGCAGCCUAUCCUCCUCAGAUUUUGGUUAGUUCCAGGCUUUGGCACUCUGAAGUUCAGCAUCAACCAGCUGCCCAGUUCUCACUUGAGCUACAAAAGGAGAGACAACCUGCUAGCAACCUCCAUAUGUCUGAUAAUAAUCACAGCAAGGUCUGAAUUCCCUGCUUCCAAGCCUGUAAUUGCACAAUAAAUACUUGCUUAAUAAAGCCAAGUUUUGUUUUGUAAA